AUGGCAAACUUUAGCUUCUACUUCGCCAGCUGUGCGCUGCUGCUGCUGACCCUGAGCGGGCGCACGUCCACGGGGCUCCCGGUGACCGCGCUGGGCGCAGAGAGGUGUGCGCGCUGCUCACUGCUCUUCAGGAGCCUGCUGCUGAAUAUCACAGAGCUUCUCAACGGUAAUGUUUUGUGCUUCGGCAUCAUAUCCGAUGAGGUGGUGGUGAGGAGUAAAGCUGAGACACUACUGGCCUGCGCACCCGUUCUGAAUCAGAACUCAGGUUGCAGGAUGCAAAGAAAUUCAACCUUCAGUGAGAGUGAAUGUUUGAGGAACAUCAUGGAGGACUUGGCUUACUAUGACGCUGCUAUUAAAUCUUACCUUAAGUCCCCACUCAGAAGUCAUGAAGAAGAAAGUGCACUUCUGAACCCAACUCUUGAAAUAAUAAAGAGCCUGAAGAACUGCUCCCUGAUGCCAACUGGAGAGAACGACUCUUCAGAGGAGGAUGCUGCCCAGAUUUGGGGAAAUGAAACCUACGCUAACAGACAGGAGAUGUGUAAGAUGAUGAGAGGCUUCCACGUCCGAGCCAUCACCAUCAACCGAGCUAUGGGCUACAUCUCCUCAGGGGACCACAGGAAGUAA